AAAACACAUCAAGAAUUGAGCAAAAAGAGACAGAUGAUAACUAUUUGAAUUUACUAAAAACAGUUCCAAUAAGAGAUACAUAUUUCGUUCUAUCUCCGAAACAAUUGGAAAGAUUAAAACUGAUUUCUGAGGCUGUUUUUAAAUUAGCUAAUGAAACUUUAUUAGAAAUCAUAAAGCAAAAUGAAGUAGAAUCGUGGAUGGAAUCAAAAUAUGAUGUUGUUAAAUCACUUUGGAAAAACGGUCAAACUGGAAUAAAUUUAAUGAGAAUUGAUUUUGCUUGGGAUCAAGAAAAUAACUUUAAAAUAUUAGAAUUGAAUACGGCACAUCAAGUCGGUUGGAUAAUAACAAGUUUGGUUGAGAAAGAAGCAUCAGUUGAUAAAAUCGGUACUCCUCUUGCUCCUCAACUAACGUUUUUGGCAAAUUACGUGUUUAAAAAGUUAGGACCAAAAAUAGCCAUUAUUAUUUUAACUCCAAAUGUAGAAUAUGAUUUAUUAGCAAGACAAAUUGAGAGUUUGGGUGGAAAAGCCAAAAUUAUCUAUCUUUCAGAAG